GGGGAGUGGAGUGGUAGGACCGCCCUAUGGGGAUGGGAUAUAAGGGGGGGAGACAGGAUCUGCGUUUGCAGUUUGUAGUUUGUCUCUCACUUGUCUACAACCUCUAGCACCAUGAGUAUGAGCUUCAAGUCCUCGUUUGGUGGAUCAAGCCGCCAUGGUUCAUCCUCCGUGCGACUCGUCCGAAGCAGCGGGGGCGCGUCCCGCGCUCAGAGUUUGUACAGCGUCGGGAUGGGGACCCGUAUCGCCUCGGUGAGUCCGAGUUCGGGGCUGGGGAGCGCCCUGGGCUCCGGCUCCGGCUCCUUCUCCAUCUCUUCCUCCUCCUCCUCAGCUGGAGGCUUCAAUGAGAAGACAACCAUGCAGAACCUGAACGAGCGCCUGUCCAGUUACCUGGACAGGGUCCACUCCUUGGAAACUUCCAACAGCAAAAUGGAGCUGGAGAUCCGCCAGUUACUUGAGAAAGCGACUCCAGCUGUCCGGGACUGGAGCGUUUACUGGGGCACCAUUAAAGAUAUCCGCGACCAGAUUAAUGAUCUCAUCCUUGAUAACUCCAGGCUUAUGCUGCAGAUUGAUAACUCCAAACUUGCUGCUGAAGAUUUCAAAACCAAAUUUGAAGCUGAAUUGGGAAUUAGAAUGGCAGUUGAGGGAGAUAUUAAUGGACUGCGUACAGUGUUGGAUGAUAUGACACUGGAGAAGAGUCAGCUGGAAAUGCAGAUUGAGGGUCUAAAGGAGGAACUAAUCUACAUCAGGAAAAACCAUGAGGAGGAGCUGAGGGGACUGCGUGGUCAGAUAUCUGGCAAUGUCACUGUAGAUGUUACAGCCGAACAGUCACCUGAUUUGUCUAAGAUGCUGGAAGAGAUGCGCCAGCUGUAUGACGAUAUCACAAAAAAGAACAAGAGUGAAGCUGAAGAAUGGUACAGGCAGCAGUGUGCGACUGUGCAGCAGGAAUUUGUUGUCAACACUGAGGCCCUUCAAGCAGAGAAGUCACAGGUCGUCCAACUGAGGCACACUUUGCAGGGACUGGAUAUGGAGCUCCAGACCCAGCUCAGCAUGAAUGCAUCUCUAAAUGCGACUCUUAAGGACACUGAGGUUCGUUACAGCGAGGAGUACAACAGAAUUCAGCUGACCAUCAACAAACUGGAGGCAGAACUGGUGGAAAUGCGGCUGAAAAUAGACCAACAUGUCAAAGACUAUGCUGACCUGCUGGAUAUUAAAAGUAGACUGGAAAUGGAAAUUUCCACAUAUCGUCGCCUGCUGGAAGGAGGAUCUGGGCAAGUAACAAGUACACGAAGAACAAAUGAUAUAGGCAAGAUUGUGGUCACAGAGGAAAUACGUGAACCUGUCAUCACGAAGAGAGUGAAGACUGUGGUGGAAGAAUCGAUUAAUGGGCAAGUGGUUUCUUCACAUACGGAGGAAAUCGAUGUCAACUAAUAGAAUGUUCAACACUUUGUCCUUUUCCCAGCUUUUUCCAAAGUAUAAGUCAUCUAACAAGAUGAGAUAAUCAAACCUAAUAAACACAACUCUUAAUGAUUUCCCUUUCUCUGUAUUUCUGAGGAUUUAAUAAAGUCUUGUGGGAACAGUUA